AUGGCCGGCCAAACGCACAAGCGGCAAAAGCGAGACGAGUACCGCAGUGCACUCAGCGAGGCUGCCUCCGAAGGCACGCAGCUGCCCAAGAAGAAAUUCUACCGGCAGCGGGCGCACGCGAAUCCCUUCUCCGACCAUGCCUUAACAUACCCAGCUCACCCCGGGCUUAUGGACUGGGCCAGCCUCUACCCAGCUUACGCCGUAGGGCCGUCAGAGGACGAGGUUUCCGCCAUGCAGACCGACCAGGAGGAGGGGUCUCUUGUUAAGCGGAAGAUCUCGAAGGACGUCGAGGUCGCAGACAUCGGCUGUGGCUUUGGUGGCCUGCUGUUUGCGUUGUCGCCGAAAUUGCCAGACACGCUCCUCCUUGGCAUGGAGAUCCGUACCUCGGUCACGGAGUUCGUACAGGAGAAGGCCAAGGCCCUCCGCGCGCAGAACACAGGCAGCAACGCGUACCAGAACGUGGCUUGUCUGCGCGCCAACACGAUGAAGUUCCUGCCCAACUUCUUCCGGAAGGGUCAGCUCUCGAAGAUCUUCCUAUGCUUCCCGGACCCGCACUUCAAGGCGCGUAAGCACAAGGCGCGUAUCGUGUCGACGACGCUCAACUCCGAGUACGCAUUCGUGCUGCGGCCUGGCGGCAUCGUGUACACGAUUACGGACGUCGAAGACCUGCACCGGUGGAUGGUCGGGCACUUCGAAGCCCACCCGAGCUUUGAGAGGAUCAGCGAUGCGGAGUUGGAGAACGACGUCUGUGUGGAGGUCAUGAAGACGGAGACAGAGGAGGGCAAGAAAGUCACGAGGAAUGGCGGGCAGAAGUUUGUGGCUUGCUUCCGGAGACCGGAAGAUCCUCCUUGGCCUUGA